UUCGGCUACCUCUCUAUAUCUCCCACCACCAGGAGAUAUAAGGUGUGCGCCGUUUCCCUCGCGAGUAUCUCGUGUGCUCUCAUCUUUCCAGAGGAAAAUCUGCGCUCAACUCCUCCCACUCGCCCUUGGGAUUUUCCUGCCUGGUCCCGCAAAGAUGUCUGGAGAUCAUGAGGCUGAGAUCACUCAGCCGCAUCAACAGGGCCACGGCACCGAAUCGAUUGUGAACGAAAAGGCGGCAUUCACAGAGGCUAGCGAAAAGGGCCUCGGUCCCACCCCCGACGGCGAAGAACCCAACGCUGAGGAAGUCGCUACUCUUCGCCAUGUUGCGGAGCAUCUGCCUAUCUCCGCAUGGCUUGUCGCCGUUGUCGAGCUGUGCGAGCGUUUCACCUACUACGGAAUGUCUGGCAUGUUCCAGAACUACGUUGAUCGUCCUCUGGACGGAAGUGAGGGACGCGGUGCCCUAGGCAUGGGUCAUCAAGGAGCCACUGGUCUCACCACUUUCUUCCAGUUCUGGUGUUAUGUUACCCCCAUCCUCGGUGCCAUCGUCGCUGAUCAGUACCUCGGUAAAUAUAAGACCAUCGUGGUUUUCUGUAUCAUCUACUUGGUCGGUCUGCUCAUCUUGGUUUGCACGUCCAUCCCGACCGCUCUUCACCAUGGAGCCGGUGUUGGUGGCUUCAUUGUGUCCAUCCUGAUCAUCGGUCUGGGAACGGGUGGUAUCAAGAGUAACGUUGCUCCUCUGAUUGCCGACCAGUACAAGCGCAAGAAGAUGGCCAUGUCCACCACCAAGAAGGGUGAGCGGGUUGUCAUUGACCCUUCCCUCACGAUCCAGCGCAUUUACAUGAUCUUCUACGGCUGUAUCAACGUGGGAUCGCUGUCUCUGUUGGCCACUCCUUACAUGGAAAAGUACAUUGGCUUCUGGUCUGGUUAUCUGCUUUGUUUGUGCAUGUUUGCCGUCGGUACCAUGGUGCUCAUCUUCGGCCGCAAGUACUACGUUGUUCGCCCUCCCCAGGGCUCCAUCAUCACCGACGCCUUCAAGGCUCUGUGGAUCAUGGUUGUCAACCGCAACAUGGAUGCCCCCAAGCCCAGCUGGCAGGCGGCCAACAACGGCACCAGGACCAACCUGCCCUGGGACGAUCACUUCAUUGACGAGCUCAAGCGUGCGUUGGUCGCUUGCCGUGUGUUCUGUUUCUACCCGAUCUACUGGGUUGUUUACGGCCAGUUCUCCAGCAAUUUUGUCACCCAAGCCGGUCAGAUGGAAGGUCACGGAAUCCCGAACGACUUGAUGCAGAACUUUGAUCCGAUCUCCAUCAUCGUCUUCAUCCCCGUCCUGGAGACCCUGAUCUACCCCCUGCUGCGUCGCUUGCGCAUUCGCUUCCGUCCGAUCACCCGUAUCUCCCUUGGUUUCGUUGUUGCUUCCUUGGCGAUGAUGUACGCGGCCAUUGUGCAGCACCUCAUUUACUCCGCUGGGCCUUGCUACGAGCACCCCGGAUGUGCUGCUUCGGAGGUUGAUGGGUCCACCACCGGCAACCACGUGCACAUUGCCAUCCAGACGCCUGCCUAUGUGUUCAUUGGUCUGUCCGAGAUUUUCGCGUCGGUGUCUGGAUUGGAGUAUGCCUACACCAAGGCUCCUCCGUCCAUGAAGUCCUUUGUGCAGUCCAUGUACCUGCUCACCAACGCCUUUGGUUCCGCUCUGGCCGAGGCACUGACCCCUGCUGCCUAUGACCCGGCCAUCAUGUGGAUGUUUGUGGGUCUGGCUUGCGCCUCCUUCGUUGCCGGUAUCAUCUUCUGGCUGGUGUACCACCAUCUGAACGACCAGGAAGACCAGCUCAAUGCGCUCGACGCUGAUGACCCGGAUACUCCUGUCGCGCCCCCGGCCUAUGAGGAGGAGAAGAAGGAGCAAGAGCACUGAAAAGCACUCACUCCGCUCGAUAC